AAAGGAAAUAAAUAAAAAGAAGGGGUUGGCGCGCGUAGUGGGGAUCGAGCCCAGUGUGUGCUCCAGCGAUAGCGGCUCUUUUCUCUCUCUCUCCAACGUAUAUACAGAUUUAUCCUGGCUGUACGUAUACGUACCACUGUUAUACCGACUCAGGAGAGUAGAGAGAGAGACUGGUCGGUGGCUCUGUAUAUAUAUGUACGUCUGCAUAUAUAUACAUACAAGCUAAGCGAGAGCGAGACGGAGAAGAGAGAGAAUUUAAUUGAGGUCCCCCCGAGGGCCAGUGCGCGCCGAGCUCUCUCUCUCUCUCUCUCUCUCUCACUCUGUUUCUCGUGCCACAGCUCCGCGUGGGAGAGUAUAGAACGUUCCCACGGAUCCGCGGGGACUUGUGUGCCGUGCUGCGCUGCGCAUAGUGUCUAUCUGUGUGUGUACAGUUGUGUGUAUGUAUCGCGCGCUGCUCUCGCGUUGAAAACUCCAUCCUGAGGCAGGCACAGCAUCUCUCGUACACAGCUCUCUCUCGCUCGCUCUACUCCCAUACAUACGUGUAUAUCUCCGAGCAUGUCGUUGCAUUAUUUUGAAUAUCGUACCGAUGCAACGACGAGUGCAGCUGGCGAUCGUCGCGAGUUCAGCGUAUCCGUCUUGUAGUUACAACCGUGUUCAACUGUGUGCAGUGAUAGUUACAGUGACAUAAAGCGAAGCGAUAUUAUGUACCAGGACGGCCGAUCGUCGUCGUCAACGGCUGCGUCGUCGUCGGCACACGCGGUCGUCGUCUGGGAAUGGGAGAACAGGCAGGGCCGAUGGCGGCCCUACAGUCCGGCCGUGUCGCAGCACCUCGAGCGCGCCUACUGCAAGAAGCUCACCAGGGUCUUUCUCAACGACGCCGAUCCCAGCCUCGACAGUCAAUAUUGCGACAGGUACUACAUCAAUCUGAAGACGAGCACGCAGUGCACGGAGGACGGCGACGAGACCCACGUGGUCAGGCGCAUGUUCUAUCCGCCGAUCUCGCCGGCGGGCCGCGGCGCCAAGUGGGAGUGGGCCGGCGACACCGACGACUGGCACACCUACGACAUGGAGGUGCAGUGCCUCAUCGAGGAGUCCUGGGCCAGGGGCGAGCAAGAGAUCGACGUGUCGAAGACGUAUCUCGGCUUCCCGUACAUCAUCAAUUUCUGCACGCUGACGCAGGUGCGCUGCUGCACGGGCUACGUCAGGCCCAUCAGGCGCGUCCUGCAGGCGCCCUAUCCCCUGGUCAAGGUCAGCUGGGACGAGCUGCACAGCAUCGUGUCGAGGUGGCCCGCCAUCGUCUGCAACAAUAAUAACAACAACAACAGCAACAACAAUAACACCAUGAGCAAAACUUCCUCGUCGAGCUCGAGCACGAAGACGUCGAGCAGCAACAAGAAGCAGUCGUCGAGCGGCAAUCCAAAGAAAAACGGCAAAAAGAACAAAAACGGAGAACACGGCUCGUCCAACUUGGCCCGGGUGAUACUGAGCAACUUCAACAUAUUCGGCCAUCACAACAAGCAGAACGUCGAGCCCGAGCAGCAGCUGCAGCAUCAGGAACGUCAAUCGCAGAGACAACAGCAGCAGCAACUGCAACAGAGCAGCCACGGCGCGUCGCACGAGAAGAGGCCGGUACUGCAGCAGCAGCGUCAGCACAACAACAACGCGUCGAACCAGCAAACGUUGCGUCGUGGUGCGUCGUCGGGCAGCUGGGACCACCAUCACCACCAUCACCACCAGCAUCAGUUACAGUCGUCGUCGUCGUCGUCGAUGCUCGACGUCGACUCGAGCAGCACCAAGAGCGGCCGCAGGCCCAGCGUCGACACGGUCUCGACCUAUCUGAGCCACGAGGCCGCCCAAUCCGGCCUCAAUCUGCUCGACACGUCGCUGGGCAGCGUCAACGGCGGCGGCAGCGAGGACAGCGUCUUCGUGCGUCCCUCUCACCAACAACGGCUAUCGGACGAGCCUCCCUGCGACAUCGCGAUCGCGCAGCAAGAGUCCUCCUGCAACAACGCCGUCGUCGGCGUGGACGCCGCCUCGGACGUCAUAUCGCACUACGUCAAGGUCGUGGAGAGCGACGGCGGCGACUCCUGCCCGAUCUGUCUGGGCCAAGCCGAGCCGCUUACGGUCGAGCUGACGCGCUGCCGUCACAGGCUGCAUCUGGCCUGCCUCAACGCCAUGCUGAGCUCGCAGCGUCCGCCCUGCAUGUACAUACAGUGCCCGGUCUGUCGGAUGAUCUACGGCGAGAAGCGGGGCAAUCAGCCUCACGGACUCAUGAACUGGACGACGUUGAAUCGAAGCCUGCCCGGGUACCCCAACUGUAAGACCAUUCAAAUUACUUACGACAUACCAUCAGGAAUACAGGGAGCCGAGCACCCGCACCCGGGACAGACGUACUACGCGGUCGGAUUUCCGCGAACCUGCUACCUGCCCGACAGCGAGCUCGGCCGCAGGGUACUACGCCUGCUACAGGUAGCCUUCGAGCGCAGACUGGUGUUCACGGUGGGCCGCUCGGUCACCACUGGCCGCGAGGACGUCGUCACCUGGAACGGCAUACAUCACAAGACCGAGCUCGGGCCUGCGCAGAGCGGCCACGGCUACCCGGACGCCAAGUACCUCGAGCGUACCCUCGGCGAGCUGGCCGCCCACGGCGUCACGGACAGUCUGCAGCUGCUCUACUCGUCGGCGGCCUCGGAUCGGCUCUAUCAGGAGCUGGCCUGAAAAUUAUUAUUAUUAUUAUAUGUAGUAGGGUUGUUGUUGAGCGUACGAACGACUGAAAUAUUUAUGUAUUAAAUAUAUAUUAUUAUUUUUUUUUUUUUAAUGUGUAACAUCGUGUAGCGAGAAUAUUUAUACGUAUGCAAUUAUGUAUUAGAUUAGAAGGGAAAAUGAAACUUUAUUCAAAGUAAUAUGCGGGCAUUAAGAAAAACCACAUAUUUAUUUCUUAUAUGUAAUAUAAGAAAAUAAGUUGACCGAUGUUGUCUUCCACUCGCUCUUGCCGGAGGUUUGAAUCGUGCUAAUUAUCUUCAAAAAGUUUAUAUUGCAUUCAUACGAGGAAAAAAAAAAUAUGAAACAUGCCUAGUCACGGUAAUAAAUACGGAGUAAAAAAAAUUUUUUUUUUAUCUUAGCGAAAUAAUUGUAUAGUUUAAGAUCAAACCUUUGGAACAAUGUGUCUUCCAAGCCUACAUAUGGUUAUUACAAUUAAUAAUAUAUAAAUAAGGAUGUAAUCGUGAAGAAAAGAACGAUAGCGUGCAAUCACAAACGGUUGCUCUCCGAGCAAUCGAAAAAAUAUCAAAUAAUUAUUUUUAAAAUCUUUAUUACGGGGGUACUAAUGGUUUUUGGUACAAUAUUAACUGUAUUAAGUUAUUAUCCAUUAUUCGAGUAAAUUAAUUUGCCAAGAAUACGCCCAUAUCGAUAAACUAAAUGUCAAAAUAAUCGUUUUGACAUAGCAUAGAUUAUUAAUUUCUACGAUUAGUCUUAUGUGUCGAGAAUUAUUUAAACGCAUCAAAAUGCAUCAUCGAAAAGUAUUCCAAAACUGUAAUUUUUAUAACGAAAGAAAAAGAUCAAGCAAACUCCAAAUAUUU